AUGAUCGGAAUUGCUAAAAUCACAACAAUUUUCGCAGGUAUUUUAACUUUCUUGGGAAUUAUUGGACCUGCUUCAAUCAUGGCUUCUCCUAUACCUGCAGCAAUUCCAAAUCCUAUUUCCAUUCCUCAGCAAGCUCAACAAGAUGAAUCACUUUUAGUAGCUCGUGAAACAUUGACUAAGCGUCGUAAAAUCGUUAUAUCUCAUCCUGAUGAUGAAUGUAUGUUUUUUGGUCCCACUUUACUUUCCUUGCAAAAUAGAAAAAAUCAAAUUCAUGUGUUAUGUUUAUCAAUAGGAAAUGAAUCUGGAUUGGGAGAGUUACGAAAGAAAGAACUGGAGCGUAGCUGUUUUACGCUUGGAAUUGAUGUCGGAAAUGUUAAUAUUAUUGAUCAUCCGUUAUUACAAGAUGGUCUAAAUAAUAAUUGGGAUCCUUCUUUAAUAUCCGACAAAAUAAACGAUUAUGUUACAACUCAUCGUAUUGACACUAUUAUAACUUUUGAUGAGAAGGGGGUUUCUUCCCAUCCAAAUCAUGUAGCCGCGUUUAAAGGUGCAAGGUAA